UCAGAUCAAAGGUCAAGGUGGGACUACUCACUGCAUAACAGAAGUAAAGGCGACAGACACCUGCUUUUGAGUUACACGUCUGUGUUUUUGCAUAGCUCGAAAAUCAGAUAAAUGGCAGCCUAUAAAUUGGUGCUGAUUCGGCAUGGGGAGAGUAAGUGGAACCAGGAGAAUCGAUUCUGUGGCUGGUUCGAUGCCGAUUUGAGCGAAACCGGAGAACGGGAGGCAAAGCGUGGAGGACAGGCCCUGAAAGAUGCUGGGUAUGAGUUUGAUGUGUGCUACACCUCCGUCCUGAAACGGGCCAUCAAGACUCUGUGGUUGGUUCUGGACAGUAUCGACCAGAUGUGGGUGCCGGUCUACCGGACCUGGCGCCUGAACGAGCGUCACUAUGGUGGCUUGACUGGACUGAACAAGGCUGAGACGGCCGCCAUGCAUGGAGACGCACAGGUUAAGAUCUGGAGAAGAUCUUUUGACAUCCCUCCUCCCACCAUGGAUCCAGACCAUGAUUUCUACACAGUCAUCAGCAAGGACCGUCGCUAUGCUGAAUUAUCAGAGGAGCAGCUUCCUUCCUGUGAAAGCUUGAAGGACACCAUUGCCAGGGCACUGCCCUUCUGGAAUGAUGAAAUUGCCCCAAAGAUCAAACAGGGGAAGAGGGUGCUCAUAGCUGCCCAUGGAAACAGCCUCAGGGGUAUUGUUAAGCACCUGGAGGGUAUGUCAGAGGAGGCCAUUAUGGAGCUUAAUCUGCCCACAGGCAUCCCCAUUCUCUAUGAGUUGGACAAGAACCUGAAACCUGUCAAACCCAUGCAGUUCUUGGGUGAUGAAGAGACCGUACGGAAAGCUAUGGAAGCUGUUGCUGCCCAGGGGAAGGCAAAGAAGUAGAAAGGGAUAAAUAAUACCAGUCUGUGCCACAGGGAAUAGAUAGACAUUAUACUUAACCAUAGAUGAGUUUGCUAUUCCAUAAUCCAUACCGUGUUUGGAAACUUCAACACGCAAAAUGUAAUUAUUCUUUAAGCGUAGAUGAAGAAUGCAGUAUUAGUGUUAUUCUGGAUACAAUUGCAAAACAAAUGCUAGAUGAUGUCACACAAAACAAUACACAUGAACAGCACUGACUCACUCCCACAGUUAUCUGAGCUUGGUUGUGAUUUGAGGAGUGUCAUAGGCUAGUGAAUCCCUCUCUAAUGUUCCCUUCUUGGACGGUGCUGUGCUUUGUGCACAUGUAGUGUUAUGUGCUGUUUUUUUUUCAUCUCUAUUUUUAUGUCUGGAUAUGUCUGUCUAUAGCGUUUUAUGGGACCAGUCAAAAUUGCUGCUAAAACAGGAUUAUCGAUACAGUGGACUAGCUCUAUCGCAUGUAUCAAUACUGUGGUUCCAGUCAGCCGUUUCUGUGGAACUGCAUACUUACCUGCCUUCUUUCCCAGCCUACAGGACCAAUAUUUGUGUUUAAAUAGCCAGUGGGAUUUCUGUGAAUCCCUGAAACCUGAAUUCGGGUGUCCCUUUCAAUUCCUUUGAUGCCAAUAAAAAGCUUGAUUUGAAUAUUUUGUAU